CUUAAUGCCUCCACAUGCCCCCACUAGUGCCUAGUGUGUGAUGGAACUUUUUUCCCCUCUCUCCUAAAAGAGAUGUCCACAGUUGUGAGCUGCUUUAACAAGCGUGCACAAAAAUUGCUUGAGCUACACUUAGCAUCAAGCUUCCGAAAUUACUUCAUGUGGAAAGGAAGGAAUCAUGUUUCUUUAAUUCAAGAAGGCAAGGACUUAGUUACCUAUGCAAUAAUUGAUGCCAUUGCUAUCAGAAAAAUUCUAAAGAAGUAUGACAACGUCCAUUACUGUAGACAAGGCCAGGCUUUCAAAUCGCAAGCUCAAAGUAUGCAUAUUGAGAUCCUUCAAUCUCCUUGGCUGUGGGGGCUGAUGGACUUCCACAUCAACUUGAGGGAAACUAGGGCUAAAGCAAAGGCAGUCACAGGACUUCUUGAAAGCUGCUCACUUGUGUUCAAUGAUGGCAAGCCAUCACUCUCUUGUGCAAUCUUUGAUUCAGUGAAGCUCGAUAUUGAUCUCACUUGUUCUAUAUGCUUGGACACAAUGUUUGAUCCGAUGUCUCUUACAUGUGGCCAUAUCUUCUGUUACAUGUGUGCAUGCUCUGCAGCAUUAGUGACCAUUGUGGAUGGACUAAAGGAAUCAAAUCCUAAAGCAAAAUGCCCUCUUUGUCUAGAGGUUAAAGUUUUUAAAGGUUUUGUAUCUAUGAAUGAGCUUAACAUUUUAUUAAGUCGAAGUUGCCAUGAAUAUUGGGAAGAACGGCUUCAGACAGAAAGAAGAGAGCGGAUUAAGCAGGCAAAGCAAUAUUGGGAAUCCCAAUGUCGAGCUUUCAUGGGAGUUUGGUUGAAAAUUUAAGAUUUCAAGUAAUCCCUCAGUCUUGGUGACAAUCCAUAAAUAGAUUUAGAGUCUUGGGAUUCAUUUGAAACUUUCUUGGUUCUU